AUGCACAAAUGGCGUCCAGUGGUUACGAUUCGGAAAAUCUCAAGGGAAAAGCUAGAAGAAGGUUUUGAGAAGGAAUUUAGAUUGGAGGAGACGUGUUUCAUCGCUGUGACGAUUUAUCAUAACCGCGACCUGGUCGACCUGAAAAUUGGCAACAACCCAAUGGCGUCAGCAUUUCGAGAGCAAUACCUGCUGAAGAAGAAUCGGGUGCUCAUUCUCAAAAGAUAUCAAUCACGUCGUCGUUCUGACGUCUUUCCGACCCCGCCAACGACUCCAGGAGCUGCAGCAGGACUUCCAGCUCUAACCAAUGGAAUCACCAGUCCGCUCCAGUCAAGACAAGCCAGGAGUCCUUUGGUGGAAUCUUCAGAGAAUCAGAAGCCUACGGUCAACAGAAUCACUGAUGGAUUUCCUGAAUCAUCCAAUAUUUCUCCUCAAUUUCCAAUGCCAGCUGGAUUCUCGGCUCCAGUUAAUGGGACCACCAGUCAUCAGAAGCCAGUACCAACCACAAAUUAUAUAUUGGGAUCUUCAGCAUUGGGCAAUCAGCCACCUGGAUUCGCAGCACCAUCCAAUAUUUCACCUCAAUUCCCAAUGCCAGCUGGAUUUUCAGGACCAACCACGAAUCCUAUGAUGGGAUCUCCUGCUUUAUCCAAUCAGCCACUACCAACCAAUGGAUUUCCAGCACCAUCCACUCAAUUCUCGAUGCCUUCGUAUCAAACUCUUUUGAGCCAGAAUCUGAUGCUCUUCAGACUCUUAAAAAAAGAAAUGAGUCAUCAUAAUCGUGGACCAUAUCGCCAGAAUCAUCAACCAAUGCCACGUCAUCAUCCAGCACGUCAUCAGCAGCUUCCAGAAGAGCAAGAUGAGCCAAUUGAUGUGCCAAAUGCAAUUGCCAAUAUGCCAGGUUAUCGCCAACUUGAACCUACCUCAGCAUUAGAAUCCAUCGCCGCUAGUAGCUGUCUUAUGGUGGUCCAGUGCCUGGAGCCAAUUGAAAUGUGGACAGGGAUUGAAACUCCAAAUCGAUACAUUGUUCAUGAUAUGUACAUGAGACGGAUUCUGUACGCUCAUGAAGAAUCCGACUAUUGGGAUCGUUCUUGCGAUCGAAAUCGCAGAAGUUUCGACCUCCAUAUGUUUGAUAAUCGACGGCAGAGAUUGAUGAGCUCAUCCCGGUAUGGAGGUGGAAGUUUUACGUGUUCUCCAGAUGUCUUGGAGACGUGGCAUCGUGGAAAUUCAAUUGGAAUACUGUCGAGAAGUACUUGUGAUCAUAGGUUCUAUCUCCGCAUAGCUGGCUGUCCAACCGAAUUCGCCGUCGUUGCUCCAGACGGCGCUCAAAGCAGUCCGGCAUGUCGUAGCCGUCACACUCUCCCAUUUCCAAUUUAUAUUCAAGGAGGAGCUAAAGUUGGAGAAAUCGUCCGUCUAGAUCCAGGAUAUUUGGAAUGGGUCAGCUAUGCGGACACCUACAUGAUUCAUUCGUUUUAUCAACUUCUACAUCCUCUACUACAUCCACAACCACUGAGAGCCCAUUGCUCAAAACUCAAUACGUCGUUAACUACGGAGCCAUCGGAGCAGUGGUCGGCGUUCUUUUCUUCGGAUUGCUCAUCUGUUGCAUUUGCCAUAUUAGAAGUGCCAGGAAGAGAAAGAGAGAAAAGGAGGAGGCAUGGAAGAUUCCUGGAUGGACGUCUUCUACUUCAGAAGGCAAGACUAGUGACGUGGAGAGUGGAAAAGGAGGCUUUUGGAGUGAAUCUGGGGCAUCUGGAAAGUCUGGAGAAGGCAAGAAGAGGGAGAAGAAAGCUGGAAAUUCAAAAAGUACCACUGGAUAAACCACUACCACGAAGUCGGGAACCAAAUCUGGGACCAAGUCCAAAAAGUCCGGUUUCCAUUUUGUAG